AUGAAGUCUUCGGCGGCCUCCGGGGCCCAAGACACUGGCGACAAGGUCAACACCAAAAAGUCUUGGCCUCUGUGGAAGAAGCUCGCUAUCGUCGGCAUCAUCCUCAUCAUUGUUAUCCCUCUCGCCGUCGGCUUGGGCGUCGGCCUGUCCAAGAACAAGGGCGGGGAUGAUGACAGCUCUGGCGACGAUGACCAGGACGACUCUGGCUCUGACAACGACACUCCUGGCGGCGACACCAACCGUACCUCGAUCUGGCAGCCAGAGGUGGGCGCCGCCUGGCAGAUCAUCCUCAUCAAGCCCAUAGAGAUUAGCGACGACGGCAAGGUCUCUCCCGACGUCGACAUCUACGACAUUGACCUCUACGACAACGACGAAUCUACCUUUUCCGCCCUCCACAAGGCCGGCAAGAAGGUCAUCUGCUACUUCAGCGCCGGAUCUUGGGAGGACUGGCGCGACGACAAGGACGACUUCAACGAGGCCGAUCUUGGUGACGAGCUCGACGGGUGGCCUGAUGAGCGCUGGCUCAACGUGUCCAGCCCGGCCGUGCGUACCAUCAUCAAGAAGCGCAUCGAGUAUGCGGCCGAGAAGGGAUGCGACGCUAUUGACCCAGACAAUGUCGAUGGAUUCCAAAACGAGAAUGGCCUUGAUCUGACCUCCGACGAUGCAGUCUCCUUUGUCAAGUUCCUGGCAGACACGGCAGCCUCGUUCAACAUGUCGACGGGCCUCAAGAACGCUGGAGACAUCAUCCCCGACGUCAUCUCGGAUGUGCAUUUCUCCGUGAACGAGCAAUGCGUCGAGUUCGCCGAAUGCGAAACGUUCGCCGAGUUUGUCGAGAACGACAAGCCCGUCUUCCACAUCGAGUACCCCAAGGGGACACCGAACAAGGUUUCAAGCAAGGAUUCAAGCGAAAUAUGCUCCCAGAAGGGCAAGGCGGCGGGGACAGAGGGCUUCAGCACCGUGAUCAAGACCAUGGAUCUGAACGGCUGGGUCCAGUACUGCGACGGUAAGAAGUACACGACUGACGUGGACGCUUGA